AUGAGCAUUGGCGUAGCUUGGAGCAGAAAUAAUUUCUCAACGGGACAACGCUUCUUCACUAAUCUGUGUUAACAGUGGAAAAACUGUAGAUUUUGGGGUAUGAUCUGCCAUGGUUGAAUAUUUUGACAGCCUUUCAGACUGAAGGGAUCCUAAUGUUGGGGAAAGUUGGAGCCAGUAUGGUGGAGUCGAAAGGGAUUAUUUGUGUUGACGCAACGUGCCUAUCGUCGAAAAUAUCGUGGCAAACAGGCACCGUCUGACAACACUAUCCGUCGUUUGGUUCCGAAUUUUCUUGAGUACGGGACAGUAGGAGAUCGUCAACAUACCGAUACACCACAUUCAGUAAAUGUAACCAGAAGCAGCGGUCGAUCGCAAGAUGGGCUUACCUCUUGAGCCAUCACAUGCCAGAAAUUCAAGUUGCUUAGCAAAAAAGAACAAGGGAUGACUUUUGUGAUGUAAUCAAUCAUAAUAAUAUUGACCAAUAAAAUAUUAUCAAUGAACUCAGUUUUUCAUUUCUAAACAAAC